UCACCCUACCCCCCCCUCUGUCUCCCAGACCACCCCCGCCACCGUCUCCUUGUCUCCACCUGCGGGGAGACGGACGCCAUGGCUGCCGUCUAUUUUGGUUCUCCUGUCCUAUGUCUACCCGUCACCACCGACCAGACGAUGGCUGCUGCCGCUCUCAAGGACUUGGGGUUAGCGGUGGUGGUGCCAGCUGCUGACGUCACAGUGCCAGCACUGAGGGAGGCCAUGAUCACCCUGGCUGGUGAUAGAAGUUUCCGAGAGCGGGGUCGGGAACUGGCAGAGGACCUGCACGACCGGCCACUGGCGCCGCCUGACCGACUAUUGGUCACUCUCGAGCGAAUCAUGCGCAGGACACAUGCGCGAAGACUUGUAAAGAAGGACAAUGGAGGACUGUACCUGCUUCAGCAGGCCAACGCAGACGUCUACCUGCUCCUCUUACUCCUGCUGACCUGCUUCAUGGCUCUCUUGAUCGUCCUCGUCAUAAAUAUCUUGCCAAUUGUGAUUAAUAAACGGAAAGUAAAAGCCGAUUGACCUUUAAAAGUUUGAUGGUAGAUGAUAAACAUCAUCUGCUUCUGAAAUGAAAAGAGUUGUUUAUCGUGCAUUUUGACUUGAUGAAUUCAAAUGUAAUAAUUAAAAUUCCAAAUUA